AUGGCUGCGGCGCCGGAGUGGCAGGUUCUUUGGGAACCUGCACGUGAAGACACGGCUGGAACGCCCCGGUUCUCGACUUUGCAAAAGGUCGUUUGUACCUGCAACUACGUCGUCCUUCAGAUCCUGGAGAGCGUGCGCAGCAAAGUGCUGACGUUGCACUUUGACGCGGAGCAAAGCGCCUGGACCAGUCGCUGCUGCGGGGCCCGGAGAGGGCGCGCGGCGUCAGUGUCUGUGAGGGCCGUUGCCGCGUCUGGGGACGCUGUGUGGUUUGGCGAUGCUUCCUACACGCAGCCUCCGAAGCUCAUCUACGUGCCGGAUAUUGGCUCCUGGAGUGGCAAGGCAUCUCAAGGAGCGCAGCUGGUCCGCGAGCUUCCCCCACUUUUUGCAGCGAAGGUGGAGGUCGAGCAGCUGGAGGCGACUUCUGCGGACGGUACGCAAGUCCCUUUUCAGUGCCUGCGGCCCUCGGGUGCCGUAGACCCUCCCACGUUGAUCUACGCCUACGGAGGCUUCGGCAUUCCAGUGUUGCCGGGCUACAAGGCCACCGUGGGCGCUGCGUGGCUCGAGCGCGGCGGGCAGUACGUGGAGGCGCACAUCCGCGGCGGCGGUGAGUUCGGCCCAGCCUGGGAGGCUGCGGGACGUGGGGCUGCCGGUCGACUGAGGGCGUAUGAGGACCUGGAAGCCAUAGCCGACCACUUGAUUGCGAAAGGCAUCGCAGAGCCAGGGCGCUUGGGCCUCUUUGGGCGGUCGAACGGCGGCUUGCUGGUGGCCAACCAAGUCGUCCGGGAGAUGGCAAGUGAUGCGCCACGGCGCUUCGCAGCCAUGGUUGGCGAGGUGCCUUUGACCGAUAUGCUCCGCUACCACACCCUUCUGGCCGGAGCUAGUUGGCUGGAAGAGUACGGGGACCCUGCAGAUGAUGCUUUGUACCCGCAGCUGAGGCAAAUCUCCGCCUACCACCUGGCACAGGACCUUCUGCGGGAGCAGAGAGCCCGGCGGAUGCCGAAGGUGCUCUUCACCACGUCCACCCGGGAUGACCGCGUGCAUCCGUGCCACGCGCGAAAGAUGGCCGAGCUCCUGCAGUCCGCGCCAGACGGCAGCAACGUCUUCCUCUUCGAGGGGGACGAGGGUGGUCACGGCGGCGCGGCCAUAUUCGAGCGCGCCUUCGUCCGGACGUUGGAGUACGAGUUUCUUUGGUCCCAGCUCUCGCGGCGCUGA